AUGAAAAAACAGGCUGAGCAUAAAGGCAUUCAAGUCUUGCUAUCGGUGGCUGCCCAGUUUGCUAGUCAGCCUCGGCACUCGGCUAUUUCUCUUGAUAAAAUUGGUCAGCGCAUUGGUAGUAAACUCCCUUUUAUUCUUGACCUAGAUCGCACACAUGUGCAAACUAAGGAAUUCUGGCCUAAAGUCAUUUCCCAAGACAUUCUGACUCAUUUUGGCGUUAAAACACUUACUUAUGGCCUCUCUAAACAAACUGGCCGGCAAGUUAUUAAACUUCAGCCGCUUUGGGAUUCUUCUCUUCCAGAGUAUGCCCUUCCUAUCAUCCCAGCUAUGAUUGAACGACUUUUUCUCGGUUGGUACAAACCCAUCUCCGUUCAAAUCCAACAGGACAAAGCAAUCCUCCUUAUCCUUCAAGAAGUCAACACCAGCCCAUCUACUUAA